AUGACCGAAAUGAGCGAGAAGGAGAACGAGCCGGAUGACGCGGCCACCCACACCCCCCCAGGGACCGUCCCUGCCCUCCAAGAAACCAAGCUCCAGCGAUUCAAGCGCUCGCUCUCUCUCAAGACCAUCCUCCGAAGCAAGAGUGUGGAGAACUUCUUCCUCCGCUCAGGCUCGGAGCUCAAGUGCCCGACUGAGGUGCUGCUGACACCCCCGACCCCCUUGCCCCCUCCGUCCCCACCCUCCACAUCUGCAGACCAGGGCCUGUCUAGGUCGGCCCCCUCCCCGUGCCCCGGGCUGCGGCCUCUGGCAUCUCUCAAGGCAGUGAGGCUGCACAGCUUCCAGGAACACAGCUUUAAAAGAGCCAGCCCGUGCGAACUAUGUCGUCAGCUCAUCGUGGGAAACUCCAAGCAGGGUUUACGAUGCAAAACUUGCAAAGUCAGUGUGCACCUGUGGUGCUCUGAGGAGAUCUCCCGCCAGCCAUGCCCAGGCAAGACGUCUACUUCCUUCCGCCGCAACUUCAGCUCCCCCCUCCUGGUGCACCAGCCGCUUCCAGUCUGUGCCACAAGCAGAGAGUCUCCACCCACUGGGGCCAGCGGGAAGGUGGUGGACCCCGUCUAUGAGACUCUGCGCUACGGCACCUCCCUGGCCCUGAUGAAUCGCUCCAGUUUCAGCAGCACCUCUGAGUCCCCCACAAGGAGUCUGAGUGAGCGGGAUGAGUUGGCUGAGGACGGAGAGGGCAGCAUCCGCAGCUCAGAGGAGGGACCUGGCGACAGCAGUGAGCAGCUCUUCACAGCCCCAGCUGAGAGUGAAGGGUCAGGAGCGGAGGAGAGGAGUCCCGGACAGCAGGCCCCCAGACCCUCCGUGCGGAAGGAUGUGGGGCCCAUGUACUCCUACGUCGCACUCUACAAGUUUCUGCCCCAGGAAAGCAAUGACCUGGCCCUGCAGCCCGGAGACCGGAUCAUGCUGGUAGAUGACUCCAAUGAGGACUGGUGGAAGGGCAAGGUCGGCGAUCGGGUUGGCUUCUUCCCAGCCAAUUUUGUGCAGCGGGUGCGGCCGGGUGAGAACGUUUGGCGCUGCUGCCAGCCCUUCUCAGGGGGCAAGGAGCAGGGUUACAUGAGUCUCAAGGAGAACCAGAUCUGUGUGGGUGUGGGCAGGAGCAAGGAUGCUGACGGCUUCAUCCGCGUCAGCAGUGGCAAGAAGCGGGGCCUGGUGCCAGCCGACGCCUUGACCGAGAUCUGA